CGCAGAAAGCCCUUUUCCCAAGGUCACAACUCCUAGUUUCAAUUUAAGUGUAGAAUACCAUUUUGUAAGGGGGCAACUCACAAGUAACCCGUCGUCGGCCUCCGUACUCGGCGGAGCUUUCCCCUGGGAGAUGCUGCCGGAGUUCCUCUACUCAGGCAGCUGCGACAUUGCUGCCCCAUUUGGAGAUUCUGAACGCUCUAGGCAUCUCGCAUAUCCUCAAUGUACCGUCCAUGAGAAGAAACCUCUAAAAGUUGUGUGGUGGCCGGAAGCCUCCUCCGGUGGCUGCGCUUGUGGCGGCCUAGCGGCUCAUUACGCCGUAGCUUAUGAAUUUGAAGCCAUCUGCCGAAGCCCAAAGAAACGCGCACAUUGCCACCAACAGGGCGGCGCGGACCGUCAAGGCCGCCAUAUUUACCGGUACCGCAUUACAAUAUAA